AUGAAGAUUUUCAUUGGAGUCGUAACUGCUUUUCUUUUUUCGUUACUUACAAUUCUUGUUGAAUGUUUUCCUAAACAAUUCACUUUUGAGCUUCCUGGCACUGAAGAAAUGUGUUUUUAUGAAAAACUUGACAAAAGUGAGCAUUACAAUUUCAUGUUUCAAGUCCUCAAGGGUGCUUCUAGUGAUAUUCAACUAGUUAUUAGAGAUCCAUCAAAGAAUGCUCUGAUUACUAAAUCGAAAACAAAUCAUGAAUCCGUCGAUUUUAUUCCCCAAGUGGGUGGCGAUUAUGCAUUUUGUUUUUCAAACCAAUAUUCGCCAAUGUCUCCCAAUCAAAUUCUCAUUGAGCUAAGGGGCCAAGAUACACUAAGAGAAGAGGCUGGGUUUGGAGGCUCUGGGCCAAUGUCUGCGAUUGAGACACUUGCGGAAUCUAUUCAUGAGCAUCUUUCAGUCUCCGAAAGUUAUCAAACUGAACUGCGGGCCAAACUUACUUCAGAUCGUAUUUUUGCAUUCGAAUUGCGUUCACAUAUCACUAUUUGGAGUUGUGCAGUUUCGUUGAUCAUUAUUUUGACAGUUUUGUCCCAAAUAGCCGUCCUGAAAAGCUUUUUCAAGGAUAGCGAACGGUAUUACACUGCUCUCAAUUCACAUUGA